AUGGCAGGCGAUCAUAUUGCGCCGACCCUACGACCCGAUGACUACGAAGAUCCAAAGGCCGAACACGUAAGGCAGAGAACCCUUGGCAAUGUUCGUCUUCGCCAUCACGAGACCAACGAGAUCAUUCUGAUCCCCACACCAUCCAACGACCCUAAUGACCCUCUGAACUGGCCAAAAUGGUACAAGAAGUCCAUCGCCGUCCUCGUCUGCCUGGCGAUCCUCAUGUGCAAUUUCCUCGCGGCAGGACCGACCGUCGCGAUCGUCAACACGACCCUGGACUUCUUCCCAGCCUCACCCCCUACAGUCGACCCCACGGGUUUCAGCGCCAAUGUCUCCAGAGUCGCGUACUUUUUCAGCACCACUGCGUUGCUCCAGGGGACUGGGAAUUUCAUAUGGGUACCUCUUGCAAACAAAUACGGUCGCCGUCCCGUUUAUGUGGCCAGUUAUACUCUGUACCUGGCCACCGCCAUCUGGGCAAUAUUUGACCAUACAUAUUCGGGUUUCCUGGCUGCGCGUAUUCUCAUGGGUUUCGCUUCUGGUGCAGCAGAGACCAUUGCGCCUGUGACCAUCUCAGACCUGUUCUUCCUCCACGAGCGUGGGUCUAUUAUGGCCCUCUACACGUCGUUUCUAUCUGUGGGUGUAGGCUUCGGCAUGAUUAUUGCUGGCCUCAUCACUAUCAAUAACGACUGGCGUGUCAUUUACGAAGUGGCCGCAGCAAUCAUCGGGACCAUUCUCUUACUUGCAUUCUUUGCUUUCCCAGAGACAGCAUUCGUCCGCGAGGAUACGGUUAUCGAUGAUGCUCAGCACCUGCAGCGGCUGCCCAGCGGACACGAAUCCGAGAAGACGCACCAGACGGCAGACCGCGUCUCUGACAUUGAGGUUGCGCCCCAGAGCCCGCCGUCUCCUGUCAAGAAGAAGAAGACAUAUCUGCAGAACCUCAAGCUCUACAAUGGAGUCUUCACCUCCGAGCCCCUCUACAAGAUCUUCAUGCGCCCCUUCGGCCUCAUUCUCCUGCCCCCUGUCCUGUGGGCAGCCCUCGUCGAGUCCGUGACCAUCGGCUUCCUCGUCGCCGUGACCUCCAACGUCGACCCUGCUUUCCUGGCAACGUACAACUUCGAGGCCUGGCAGGUAGGCCUGUGUUUCAUAUCUGCCUGCAUCGGAUCCGCGAUCGGCAUUCCCGCCGGUGGGAAGCUCGGCGACGUCGUGGCGGACUACUUCACCAACAAGAAUGGCGGCAUCCGGGAGCCUGAGAUGAGGCUGCCUGCUAUACUUCCAAGUCUAAUCACAACGCCCUUGGCACUGGUGCUGUACGGCGUGGGGAUCCAGCAAAAGCUGCAUUGGAUGUGCCCGACCAUUGGACUGGGACUAUUGAACUUCUCGAUUGUGCAGGCCACAAAUAUCGUACUGGUCUAUGUGAUUGAUGCUUACCGCCCUGUCGCCGGUGAGGUCACAUUGGCUGUCAUGGGGUUCAAGUCACUGUUCGGCUUCCUGCUCUCGUUCUACACAAACCCGUGGGUCGACCAGUCCGGGUACCUGGACGCCUACGGUGCAAUGGCUGGUAUCUCAGCUGCCAUCCUCAUUCUUUGGAUUGUGCUAUACGUAUGGGGUCAGCGUAUCCGACACGCCACUUGGUCUUGGCCUGUGAUUUCUUACAUCCACUGGAAUGAGGACCGUGAGGUUGGCGAGUGA